AUGGUCGCUCCACCCUCAACCGGAGGGAAUCUUGCGGCGCUGCCCACCCAACCGACGCCCCGUUCGUCCUCCCGCACCACCCAUCUCUCCUAUGCCCCAAACGUUCCGUUAAGCGCUCGAAGAGCUGCCCCCUUAGACCUUUCAACUGUUGAGCGCCGAGGGCAUUCGAGCGCCGCUCGGGAGCCUACAAAACGAAUCAGGCCACAUGGCUUAUCCGAGGCUCCGACUUUUCGCCCGACUAAGGAGGAGUUCAAAGAUCCAAUGGAAUACAUUCGAAAAAUCACACCCGAAGGAAAAAAGUAUGGCAUAUGCAAGAUAAUUCCGCCAGAUAGCUGGGAUCCACAAUUUGCUAUCGAUACGGAGCGCUUUCAUUUCAGGACCCGUAGACAGGAGCUCAAUUCUGUAGAAGGAGGAACCCGAGCAAACCUGAAUUAUCUCGAUCAAUUGACCAAGUUCCACAAACAGCAUGGGACCACCUUGGCCCGAUUCCCUAGCGUCGACAAACGUCCACUGGAUCUCUAUAAGUUGAAAAAGGCGGUGGAGGUUCGCGGUGGAUUCGAGCAGGUUUGCAAACUCAAGAAAUGGGCAGAAAUUGGUCGUGACUUAGGCUACAGCGGCAAAAUAAUGUCGUCGCUAUCUACGUCACUCAAAAACUCUUACCAGCGCUGGCUGCAGCCUUAUGAAGACUACCUUCUCGUUGCUAAGCCAGGCGUCCAACAACAGCUCGAAAUUGAGCACGGCGGCCCCUAUUCGCCCUCCCCAAAGUCAUCUCCUGCCGCCAAAAAGUUCUCUUCACAUACGAAUGGCUUAACGGCAGGACCUAAACCGUCACCUGCGGCCAAGACCUCUGCAGUACUUAAACCUUCUCCAGAAACUGAUAGAACACCACACAAGCCCGAACUUCCUCCUGAAGAGGCUACUCCACGAGUUAUCACUUCCGGCUUUACUGCUGUCAAUGCACCAGCAAAUGGUGUUGCCAAAACUCCUUCGUUCGUUGCGGUAAACAAUCUUCCACCCGUAAAGAAAGAAUUAGAGCAGCCAACGGAAAUCGCCGGCGAGACCCUAGAUUCCGCUACGACACCGAAAACUUCGGAAUCCCACCAUGUACCCGCCGCUAAUGGCUAUGACGUCCAUUCACUAAAAAGGGCCCAUAGUACUGAGAGUGCAUUACCUAGUUCGCAACUCGAGAAUGGAGAUAUGGACAGCGCAAACGGGCGGCGAAGCAAGCGCAUCAAGAAAGAUCCUGCCCCUGUCGUUUCGGGCUCAAAUAUGAGUUUAUUACGCCCAACCGCUUCACAGUCACGAAUGAAAAAUGGAAAUAGAAAGACUGGAGAUAAAUGUGAAAUCUGUGGCAAAACCUCCGAUCGUUCAUCCAUACUUGUCUGCGACGGAUGUGACCUUGGCUACCAUAUGCAGUGUCUUGAUCCACCUCUCAGUUCUGCUCCCAAUUAUGAUUGGCAUUGCCCUAAAUGUCUUGUUGGAACUGGGGAAUACGGCUUUGAAGAAGGUGGAAUAUAUUCUCUAAAACAAUUCCAGGAAAAGGCAGACGCUUUUAAACGGAAUUACUUCUCACGGAAGAUGCCAUUUGAUCCUGUUCUUAAUGCUCAACGACGCGAAACAGAGGAUGACGUCGAACGAGAGUUCUGGAGACUUGUCGAAAGCCUUACAGAAACGGUAGAGGUUGAAUAUGGUGCUGAUAUUCAUUCUACAACUCAUGGCAGCGGUUUUCCUACAGUGGAAAGAAAGCCACUAGACCCGUAUUCAGUUGAUCCAUGGAAUUUGAAUGUGCUCCCACUCCACGGCGAAUCCCUUUUUCGUCACAUAAAGUCAGAUGUUUCCGGAAUGACUGUACCUUGGGUUUACGUUGGGAUGUGCUUCUCCACGUUUUGUUGGCACAAUGAAGACCAUUAUUCAUAUUCAGCCAAUUACCAACAUUUUGGAGCUACCAAAACUUGGUACGGAAUCCCGGGUGCUGAUGCGGAAGCAUUUGAAGAAGCCAUGCGGCGAGCUGUUCCAGAACUAUUCGAGACUCAACCAGACCUUCUCUUUCAGCUAGUUACUCUUCUACCACCGGAUCAGCUGAAGAAAGCCGGCGUUAAUGUUUUCGCGCUUGAUCAAAGAGCUGGUCAAUUCGUGAUAACUUUUCCUCAGGCAUAUCAUGCCGGCUUUAAUCAUGGAUUUAACUUCAAUGAAGCCGUGAAUUUUGCUCCGGCGGACUGGGAACCAUUUGGACAGGCGGGAGUCGCUCGUCUCCAAGAAUUUAGACGUCAACCUUGCUUUUCUCAUGACGAGUUACUGCUUACUGCCGCCGCUAGAGAUACAUCCAUAAAGACUGCUAAGUGGCUUAGCCCAGCUUUGCAGAGAAUGUGUAAGAGGGAGCUGGGACAACGUGCAAAGUUGUUGGAAAGGCAAAAGGAGUUGAAACGGCAGAAUGAACUAGCUGAACAGGCAGAAAAUAUGCCUAAAGAAUCGGAGGGCUUCAAAAUUGUGGUAGAAGACUCGGACCUUCCAGAAGAAGGGUAUCAGUGUGCCUAUUGCAAAGUGUACAGCUACUUGACACAGUUCCGCUGCCAUAACACAGACAAGAUGAUGUGUCUACAUCAUACAGAAAGCUUUGCUUGUUGCGACGAAGGUAUUACUGAACGGCUAAUUGGACAACGCCAUAGCCUACGAUACCGAAUGUCAGAUGACGAUAUUAAAGCCAUGGCACAAAAGGUGGAGGAUCGAGCGCAUAUCCCUGAGGCCUGGACAGAAAAGCUUGAAAAGGUCUUGGAAGACGAGCCUAAACCAUCCUUGAAAGCGAUGCACUCACUGCUUUCUGAAGGUGAGAAAAUUCCAUACCACUUACCUGGCUUGGAAGAUCUUGGCGUCUUUGUCUCGCGGUGUGACAAGUGGGUGGAGGAGGCCAACAAUUAUAUCACUCGAAAGCAGCAGAAUCGCCGCAAAAAUGAAAAGCUUUGGCGUAAAGGGAAUGCUGCUAAAGCUGCUCAAAUGGAGGAGCGAGAUCGUGAAUUGCGCAAUAUUGAUAAAAUACAUGCGCUUCUUACAGAGGCUGAAAAUCUAUCAUUUGACUGUCCGCAGAUUGUCACCUUGCGAGACAAAAUUGCAGAAAUACAAAAGUUUCAGAGUGAGGCGCAAGCAGUUCUGUGCAACCCCCAUAUUACGUCAACACAAGAAGUGGAGGAACUUGUCGAAUCUGGGAAGAAUUUUAACGUCGAUGUACCGGAAGUUGAUAAACUUGAAAAGGUACUACGGCAGAUGAAAUGGAACGAUGAAGCUCGCCGCAGACGUGAUCAGUAUCAAACACUCGAUGAUUGCCGUGAACUAAUCAAACAAGGUGAAGAGCUUGGUCUAUCAGAGACUAAUGAGCAUCUUGUUUACCUACGUGACAUGUGUCGACAUGGCGAAACCUGGGAGGCGAAGGCAAAGGAGUUAAUGUCUGUCGAAGCGGUUCAUUAUCAGCAACUUGAGGCACUCUCAACACAAGCUACCAGAUUCCCUGUUACCCCAGAAACACUUGCUGCUGUAGAAGCUAUUUUGACGAAACAACGUGAAGCUCAAAAACAAAUCUCAAGCCUUUAUGAGAAGAGCAAAAGCUCGGAUCUUAGGAUGCGCCCGCAUUAUAAAGAGGUCCGGGAACUAAUGGAGUCUCUCGCACAACUUAAUAGCAAGCCAACUGGCACUAUCGAUCUUGAAAGGGAGCAAAAGCGCCAUGAGGACUGGAUGAGGAGAGGCAAGAAGCUUUUUGGGAAAGCGAAUGCCCCUCUGCAUAUUCUCAAGAUGCAUAUGCAGUAUGUGGAGAAGAAAAAUUCAUUUUGCUUCGAUCUUGAGGAUAGAUGCCGUCCUCCUGUCGAACCAGCGUCGCGCGAAACGACCCCAGAAGGCGGAGAAUCUCAUCCUUGGGUUGGCAGCCGUUCAAAAAAGAAGGAUGUUUUCUGUAUCUGCAGGCAACAGGAGGCAGGCUUAAUGAUUGAAUGCGAAGUCUGUCAUGAAUGGUAUCACGGGAAAUGUUUGAAAAUCGCCCGCGGUAAAGUCAAGGAGUAUGAUAGUUAUACUUGCCCAAUUUGUGACUGGCGUGUUAAAAUCCCUCGCGAUGCUGCUCGGCCUAAGCUAGAAGAUCUUAUUGAAUGGCAGGCGGAAAUUCCGGACCUUCCGUUUCAACCUGACGAGGAACAAAUACUCGAGUCAAUAAUCGACAAAGCCACUGCCUUUCGAGAUUUUAUACGUUCGUUUACGCAUUCCACGUGCACCACUGCUGAGGAAGUGCCCACACAGAUUUUUUAUCUGCGUAAAAUCGAGGGUGCUGAGGUUUUGCUUACUUUUGAGACGAAUUACUUCCGUCAAGAAAUUCAUCGGUGGGCCCCGGUUGCCCCCGAACCGCCGCCUAUAUUGGAACAGUCACUUUCUACUCGAAAACCCAGGCCUACAAAGCAACAAAAACUGAUGGCUCAGCUUGGAGUAGAGAGGCCAGAAGACCUUCCCCUUCACCUUCGAACCAAAUAUCAUACCUUUCCUCAAAAGAGAAAAUCAACGGAGCCUCAUUUGGCCAGACCAGCGCCUCUGCAACCCACUCCGCUGAAAGGGUCGGCAACUCCCGUUGGGGACCAUGCAUCCGGGUCAACUGGAAGCGUAACUACGCCAACCACUUUGCCUUCGAUUCCUAUUUCUCAAUCGACCUCGUCGUUUCAAGCUUCUAAUCCUUAUACUUUAACAGCUGGUGACAAUAGCCAGCCGUAUAAUUCUGCCCCAGGUUCUUUCCUGCCCCAAGACAACAAUGCACAUUCUCCGACAUUUGCCCCUACAUCGCCUCCCUCGCGUCAUCCAGGGCUUGAUCAGUCACUAUUCAGCCCUCCAGACUUCAAUCGUAAUAAUUCGCUACGAUCGCGAUCCCCUGGCGACCUCACAAAGGGUGACCCCGGCGUUAGUGUGGGCCUUGAUGACACCAAUCCUUUCGGCAGCAGUCCCCGUCCUGACAUGGAUGAUCUUUUCGCCGACCUGACCAACCAGGAUUCAGAACCCGUUGAAGAAAUAAGCCAUGCCAACGAGGCGCUUGAAGCAUUGAAAACUGCUCAAAAUUGCUCGUCAAGGGAUCGUUCGAUGUCGGGGUCUAAUGAGGUUUUGGGGAGCCCUGGACAAGAAAACGGUCUUCUAGAUGGCCUGGGUCCAAGUCGCGAAGAUACCUCUAACUCCCUCGACGACGAAUUUCUCCGAUAA